AUGGGGCGUAAGAGCCUCAAAACACUUGAUGAAGCGCUGGGCAAAGCGCACGAGUUCAUCAAAGCAGACGAGACUGACAGAGCAAUGCUGGGUAGGAAAGCACCUGGUGACUCAGCUAAGCGGGCAGAGGUCACCCGGGCAAAGAACACACCCAGGGUGGACCAGCCGAGCAGGGCUGAGCAAAACCGCACAGAAGUGGACAGAGCAGUGGGACUAAGGAAGUCAGACCCAAAGAAAGGGCCAAGGCUUGAGAGGUUUGACCAAUAUACCCCAUUAACCCAUUCCAGGUCUCAUAUAUUCAGCGUGAACAACGCUGAUGACAAGUGGCAGAGACCCCCAAGGAUGGUUAACAGAAAUCGUGAUACCAGCAAGUGGUGUGACUUCCAUAGAGACCAUGGUCACACCAUUGAAGAAUGCACGCAUUUGAAAGACAACAUAGAAGACUUGGUCAGGAGAGGGUACUUGAAUCAGUUUAAGCAGCGCGAUGACCCUCCUAGAAGGAGGGAUGAAGAUAGAGCAGGCCGCCCUGACCGCAGAGGAGGUCAGAGGGGCCCAGCCGGAGACAGGGACGUAGAUGGCAAGCUAGAAGGCAGGGUGUACGUGAUCAGCGGGGGCCCAGUACAUGGGGGGACAGUCAACAGAGCGCGAGCUGACCUACGGGCGAUGAUUCAUCAAAAAAAUGACAAUGAUAAGCGUAGAUGGCCACCUCUUCCCCCGCAGCCACAGGUCACGUUUGACGAGUAUGACCAGAAUGGCAUAAUUUACCCCCAUGAUGACCCGCUGGUGCUGACAAUGAGAAUCGCAAACUGCGAGGUGGAAAGAAUACUAAUAGACGGAGGCAGUUCAGCCAACAUCAUAUACAUCAGUGCGUUCAACGAGCUGAAGUUUGACAGAAAAGACCUGAAGAGGGUGAGCUACGAAGUCACCGGGUUUAAUGGAUCACGGCUUACCCCAGAGGGUAUAAUCAAACUCUUAGUCCGAGUAGGGGAAAGAUCAAGAAGGCGUGAUUUCCGGGCAGAGUUCCUCGUGAUAAACUCCCCUUCACCCUACAAUGUGAUCAUGGGAAGACCUCUCAUCCACAAGAUAGGCGGGGUGGUAUCCACCUAUCACCUUGCCAUGGCUUACACAAUUAAUGAGGAACGGUCAGCAAAGCUCAGGGGAAGUCAAAAGACAGCCCAACAAUGUUACAUAACCGCCCUAAAGCAGCCCGCAAGAACCAGACAGCAACCUGGUUCAGAGAGAAGGCCCACUGAACAACCUGAGAGGAAGUCGAGGAAAAGGAAGCGUGAAGAAUAUCACAGGGAAAAGGAUAAACAAAAGCUAGCAAUGGAAAACUUUAAGCGCACAAAAGAGGAAAUGGCCAAGCCACUUCCCAGUGGGGAGCACGUCACAGUCGAGCUCACAGAAGGUGACCCCUCAAGGACGAUGAAAAUCGGGAAAGACAUUGAUCCAGAAGUAGGGGUACACCUCACAGAGCUACUGAGGAAGAACAAAGACGUUUUCGCAUUUUCGGCAGAUGAGAUGCCCGGAAUUGACCCAGCAGUCAUGGUACACAGGCUGAAUGUAAAGGAGGAUAUUAAGCCGGUCAGGCAGAAAAAACGAAGCUUCUCCAUGGAGAAAAACCAAGCAAUCCAGGAGGAGGUGGAGAAGCUCCUGGAAGCAGGAUUCAUUGAACCUUAUGACUACCCAGAGUGGUUAGCCAACGUGGUCAUGGUAAAGAAAGCAAAUGGCCAGUGGAGAAUGUGUGUUGAUUUCACAGAUCUUAAUAAGGCCUGCCCAAAGGACUAUUACCCGCUGCCGCGGAUAUAUCAGUUGGUAGACUCAACCAGCGGACACGCCCUACUAAGCUACAUGGACGCCUAUUUAGGGUACCAUCAGAUCAACCUGCAUGAGCCAGACAGACAGAAAACCUCAUUCAUCACUGAAGGGGGAGUGUAUAAUUACAUAGCUAUGCCCUUCGGGCUGAAGAAUGCUGGGGCAACUUUUCAGAAGGCAAUGGAUAGAGUAUUCCUCCACCAGAAGGGUAGGAAUGUUGAAGUAUACGUUGACGACUCAAUUGUUAAGAGCGUCACGCAGGCUGGACAUAUAAUGGAUCUGGAGGAAACAUUUGCCACCCUGAACAAAUAUAAAAUCAAACUCAACCCGAAGAAAUGUGUCUUUGGGGUGAGCUCGGGAAAGUUCUUGGGUUAUCUGAUCAGCGAGAGAGGGAUAGAUGCCAAUCUAAAAAAGGUCGAAGCAGUCCUUAGCCUACCUGAGCCUAAGUGGAUCAAGGAUAUCAUGCGGUUGACAGGCAGAAUGGCCGCGCUGACCAGGUUCUUCAGCAAGUCAACGGAUAAGGCCUUGCCAUUCUAUCAGUUGUUGAAGGGGAACAAAGAAUUUAAGUGGGGGGCUAAAGAGAAAGAAGCCUUUGAGGGUAUUAAGGAGCAUCUGACUAAGCUCUCAACAAUGAUCAGCCCGGAGCUGAGGGAAAAGCUACAACUGUACAUCUCUGCAUCAAUACAGACAAUCGCAGCCGUUUUGCUGGUAGAAAUACAAAAGCAGCAAAGGCUAAUAUACUUCGUGAGCCACGUGCUGACCGAGGCAGAGCAAAGGUACCCAUUGGUAGAGAAGCUAGCCUUCGCAGUGGUCACAGCAGCAAGGAAGCUAAAGCCAUAUUUUGACGCGCAUGUAAUAGAAGUUCUCACAAACCACCCGCUGGAGAAAGCAUUACAAAAAAUGGAUGCAUCGGGCAGACUCUUAAAAUGGGCAAUUGGACUUUCUGAGUACGAAUUAGAGGUCAAGUCUAGAGCAGCCAUCAAGGCACAAGCUUUAGCAGACUUCAUAGUGGAAGCUUCCUACGAGGAAAAAGAAGAUGAUGUUGGGGUCUGGAAGGUGGAAGUGGAUGGGUCCUCGGCCCAAACGGCGAGUGGAGCAGGAGUCAUAAUCACAUCUCCAGAAGGAAACGUAUUCGAGUAUGCCAUAAAGAUUAAGUUCAAAGCAUCGAAUAACGAAGCUGAGUACGAAGCGGCGCUGGCAGGCCUGCGUAUGAGCCUUGCAGCCAGAGCCCGCAAAGUACACCUGCAAACUGAUUCUCAGCUCAUUGGCAGCCAAUUGCAGGGGGCGUAUGAGAUAAGGGAAGCCACCAUGCUGAAGUACAUAACCAAGGUAAAGGAAUUGGGUGCCCAGCUAGUCCACUUCCAAAUAGAUUUGGUCCCCAGAGCAGGAAACUCUCAGGCCGACGCCUUGUCCAAGUUAGCAAGCUCCACUUUACAAAGCCUAACAAGGACAGUGAUGGUCGAAGUAUUAGAAGAAAGCAGCAUUGCCGAAAAAGAGCAGGUAAACUGCAGUGAAAGGUGA